UUUAAACACACAAUAAUAUCAGCUUAGAAAGGCGGCAAUUUUUUAAAAACCCUAACAUGGCCACAUCGCGAAAGUGUCGAUUCCAUGUAAGUGUGGCCGAAACUGAAGAUAAAUUGGUUAAGGAUCUCGGCGAUGUGCUAAAACGUUGUGCAAAUCGAGCACUCGAAAAAUGCGAAACUUUUCGCCUUGGCCUCUCAGGUGGUUCGCUCGUGCAGCUUUUGACCCGCGCACUUGUUGAUCUUCAACUGGACACGACAUGCUGGAAGUUUUUCUUCUGUGACGAGCGCUAUGUGUCUCCUGAUCAUCAGGAGUCCACCUACUGGGCGUACAAAACACAAAUGUCAACCCAAUUGCCAAACAUUUUGGAUAGUCAAUUUGUGAAGGCGAACACAUCAUUGCCCUUGGAUGACUGUGCCAAUGACUAUGAGACACGGGUGAAAGCUGAAUUUUGCACAAGCUGUCCAGAGUUUGAUUUGUUACUUUUGGGCAUGGGACCGGAUGGACAUACAUGCUCAUUGUUUCCAGAGCAACCAGCUAGCUUGGCGGAAACUCAUCGUCUAGUCAUUCCAAUUCGUGAUUCCCCAAAACCGCCGCCAGAACGUAUCACAUUUACGCUUCCAUUGAUCAAUAACGCUAAAGAUGUUGUGUUUGUUGUCACAGGUGCCGGUAAAGCUGAUGUUGUAAAGCGCGUGUUUUUCGAUCUGGAUAAAGAGUUUCCCGCUGCGUGGAUAGAACCUAAGCAUGGAGAGUUGACAUUGCUUGCAGAUGCUGGCGCAGCCAAAUCAUUUGUUAGUCAAUCCAAGUGCUGUUAAAAAUUGUAAAAAAUACAUAGCUAAUAAAAUAUUUAUGCUGUUGCGAUUUCA